UUAAGUUUUUGGAAUGCCGCCUUUCUCUCCAUUCAGCGCCACUCUAAUCUUGAGGGGCGUUUCUUUAAAACAUGCAACCAAUUAUCUUGAUCCCUUAGAUAUUUAGACCAAUCAUAUUCUUCAAUGUGUGGCCGUUGACAGUGUGUGGCAGGGCAGGACCAUUAUAGAUGUUCCGCUCGUGAUGUUAAAUUGCAGGCGCAUAUAUGCUCCGAUUUCAGAAUGAGUUGGAGCACAGUUGAAAAGUUAAGGCGCUGACUAUAUAAUCGACUAAUUACAAAAUAAAUUCAGUACUUUUCAAUGCGUGAGAUAUAAGACGUGUGCCGUGCGAGCGUGAGAAGAGGGUCAAUGCGUGUAUUUCACGACCAAUGCGUGAGAGUUGGCAACUCUGGUUCUACGCUAUACAAGUAAAGUGGUCAGUCCUGUCGGGAGAGUAGAGCUAUUCCUUUCGGUUCACACUUAUUUUUCUAUCAGGCUUAAGUGAUGAGGACCCUCAGGACUAGAAACACAGUCUUGGGAACAGGAUCCACUGAGCCAAACUCUUCAGUGGAACACAGUGGAAAGACAACAUCAGAUGGAAGAAAGUUUAAACCUUUAACAUUGCCCCGGAUCCUAAGACGGAAUUCCAAGAGUAACACCAACAUCACUGCUCCAGAUGUCCCCAACACAUCCAGUGUUAUUACUGCCCCUCUGGAGGAGUUGUUGACUUUUGAGCAGAACCUUGAGAGAAAUUGCCUGUCUGCUGCUGGCCAACAGCUGAUUGAGAGAGAGGAGCGUCUAUAUGGACAGAUCUCAGAAGAGGUGGUUCAGUCAACCACAGAGUGGGAGAAGGAGGAAGAGCAGUUCACCAGAGAUCACAAAGCCCUCCUCAGCCACAUAGACCUGGUUGUAAAGAGUUCUCUCAGUCCAGAUGAAGACAGUCUUGAGGCUCUGAAGUCUGCAGUGAAAGCUAUCCUACAGGAGGAGGAGCAGGAUAGGCGAUGGCUGAAGCAGGUGGGUAAACAGCCUGCCUGGAGGCCCAGUGAGUGUAGACGUCACCACAACACUGUCCUCCAGAGCCUGGUGGAGGAGCGUAUGGACAAUGCCGAAUUGCCUCCUGAAGAGAGCAACAAGCUACGCUCCUCCCUGCAGAGGGAUAUCUGUGGGAAGGGCAGGCGGCUGCAGAAGGACCUGCUGAGGGUGGUGAAGGAUGUAAAGGGCUGCUACCCAGAGGACAUGGAUAUCUGCAACUUCUAUGGAAAGAUGUAUCACCAAGCCUUCAGCGCAGGGAUGAGGAAUAUUGAAGAGUAUGGGCUGGGCAUGGAUGACUGCUCUUACCUCCUGUAUUGGGUGAAUGUUGCCUACCCAGAAAUUCUACAAAAUCCGGAACUGACCAAGGUGAUUAACCCUGAAAUGUUAGGAAAGCUGUUGACUGAGGAGUUGACAACACCAUUGGAGAAUCAAUGUCUUACUUACAAAGAGACAGAGGUGCAGACAUUGAUCAACAAAGUGCUGAUGGUGGAGGAGCAAGCCUGGAUGGAGGGGUCUGUGCCUGAGCUCAGAGACGACUGUUACUUUAGCCCCUUGGCCAUCGACGUAAUUCAGUUUAUUAAUGCUGCAGUGAAAUCAAUAGAGACAGUUUUGGGAGCCAUGUCCAAAGUCCAGAUAAUUGUGUGCCUAUUGAAGGACUUCUUGAAUAGCUAUAAGAAAUUCCAGGAGAAAGUUCUCAAGGGAAGCAACAAUGGAAACAGCAGAACUGUGAUAAUGGCCAAUCUUGCCUGUGUUGAACAAUUUAGGGACUAUAUUGUAAACAAAGCCGAUAUCUUCCCAGUGGAUGUAAAGGAAUGCUGUCUGUCCAUAGUAGCUGAAAUGAAAAACAUUGGCUACACAUUUUUAACAAGCCUUAUACACAAGGAUCUCAAGUCUCAGUACAGAGAUCUGGGGACGCCUGUCUGGUUGGAGAAGAAGAAACAGGUGUUUGAGAAGCUGUUUGAAGGAAUUAACAAACACACCCAGGAUCUUAAGGGCUUGACUAACUCCUGUCAUCAGGAGCUGCUGAGCCAGCUGCACUUGGAGGUGACAGUGGAGUAUGUGAGGAGGCUACUGAAGAGGAAGAUCAAGCUGAGAGACAAAGAGAUGCAGGAGCAGGCGGCCAGGUCGGUGUGUGAGGAUGGCCAGAGACUACACAAACUGUUCACUGAAGCGGGUUCCAGGGAGGAGUGGCUAAGUGACAUCCUUCCCAAGAUUGCUGAAGUGCUGAAACUCCAAGACAUUUCCUCCAUACAGCUGGAGAUAGUGACUCUGAGUCAAGCUUACCCUGAUCUCAGUGAAUUCCAGGUGUCCGCCCUGCUUAGCCUCAAAUCCAACCUUUCUGCCUCUGCCGUGAGGAGGGUAAAGAAGACCCUCCUGGACAACCAGGACACCACCAGCUCCCAGGAUGUCCCAUCUUUUUUCUCCAAGGUACAGGUCAAAUGAGUGUUGAAUACUCUUAAUGGGUCACGUCUGCAAUGCUCUUGUAAGGAAAGUACCCUAAAGAGGGGACUAGCGUGGUUCUGGUUCCGGUUCUGACUGAAAUGUUCGCUUAUAAAUUGUUCUGUGGACACCAUAGAUUGAAAUAGCAUGCAUUCAGCGAUAGACCUAGAUUUCACGGACUCGGGACUAUAUAUCUUCCACCUGUAUACCUCAGGCUGUGAAAUCUGACAUCACUUGAAGCUGGGAUGUCCUGCCUACCAUUUCAUUCACUCUUCCAACUCUCCAUCAACUCCUGGCUGAAUGCUACGUCACUGCCGUUGACAAAGCACAUGCCUGCAAUCCUUAGAUCCUAGCGUAGCAGGAGAGAAUGGUUUCAUCAAAGUCAUCAACAAUAAUUCAGAGAUUUUAAAUAAAUGUUUUUUCUGUUUGCCAUAGACAGACGAGAUUAAUAUGAGAAGAAUGGCCAGUUCAUAAUGAGUAGAGAAUAUGCACAUUUUCUCUAACAUGAAACCUGUAUUUUACAGUUAUAAGGAAGUUGACAUUUUAUAGUUAGUCGUUUUAGAAUUUGAUUGUACUAUAUUUAGAAAGCAUAUCCGUCAUUUCAAGCCUCAUUCAUACAUUUGUGUAGAAUAGCAAAUGCAUCAUAAAAUAUUUAAUAUGUGUA